GCGGGGUCCGUUGGGCGCCAACAUCCGGGUCCUGGGCGGCGCCAUCUUGGUGCGGGGCGCGGAGGAGACGCGUCCAAAAUGGCGGCUCCCAAGAGCCAGCCGUGAGCGCGGCGGGGCCGGCCCGGAGCGAGCGCAGCGGCGGCCCGGAGGCGGCGGCGGCGGAGGGCGUGCGGGAGGCAGAGCGGCGGCGCAGAGGCAGCUGGGGCCAAUGGCAGCCCCGGGGGCGGGGGGGGGCUCCCCUGCAGGGGGCGCUGCGGCCCCCCCCGCGCUGCAGCCGCGCUGGAAGAGGGUGGUUGGGUGGUCCGGGCCUGUGCCCCGCCCCCGGCACGGCCACCGGGCGGUGGCCAUCAAGGAGCUGAUUGUGGUCUUCGGGGGGGGCAACGAAGGCAUCGUGGAUGAGCUGCACGUCUACAACACGGCCACCAACCAGUGGUUCAUCCCGGCGGUGCGGGGGGACAUCCCCCCCGGCUGCGCGGCCUACGGCUUCGUGUGCGACGGCACCAGGCUGCUGGUGUUCGGCGGCAUGGUGGAGUACGGCAAGUACAGCAACGACCUCUACGAGCUGCAGGCCAGCCGCUGGGAGUGGAAGCGUCUGAAGGCGAAGACCCCCAAGAAUGGGCCCCCCCCCUGCCCCCGGCUGGGCCACAGCUUCUCCCUGGUGGGCAACAAAUGCUACCUGUUCGGGGGCCUGGCCAACGACAGCGAGGACCCCAAGAACAACAUCCCCCGCUACCUGAACGACCUGUACGUGCUGGAGCUGCGGGCGGGCUCGGGGGUGGUGUCCUGGGACAUCCCCAUCACCUACGGGGUGCUGCCGCCGCCGCGGGAGUCGCACACGGCCGUGGUGUACACCGAGCGCCAGAGCCGCCGCUCCCGGCUCGUCAUCUACGGCGGCAUGAGCGGCUGCCGCCUGGGCGACCUCUGGACCCUCGACAUCGAGACCCUGACCUGGAACAAGCCCAGCCUGAGCGGGGUGGCGCCGCUGCCGCGCAGCCUGCACUCGGCCACCACCAUCGGCAACAAGAUGUACGUGUUUGGGGGCUGGGUGCCCCUGGUGAUGGACGACGUCAAAGUGGCCACGCACGAGAAGGAGUGGAAGUGCACCAACACCUUGGCCUGCCUCAACCUGGAGUCCAUGUGCUGGGAGGCGCUGGCGCUGGAGCCGCUGGAGGAGGCAGUGCCGCGGGCCCGGGCCGGGCACUGCGCCGUGGCCAUCAGCUCCAGGCUCUACAUCUGGAGCGGCAGGGACGGGUACAGGAAAGCCUGGAACAACCAAGUGUGCUGCAAGGACCUCUGGUACCUGGAGACAGAGCGCCCCCCGGCGCCGGCGCGGGUGCAGCUGGUCCGCGCCAACACGCCGUCGCUGGAGGUGAGCUGGGGGGCGGUGCCCACGGCCGACUCCUACCUGCUGCAGCUGCAGAAGUACGAGAUCCCGGCCCCGCCCCUGCCCGCGCCGGCCACGCCCGGCCCCGCCCUGCCGGCCAACGCCCCCCGCAGCCCCGCCCCGGCCGCCGCCGCCCCGCCCGCCCCGCCCUGCUCCUCCGCCACCGCCUCUGCUGCCACCUCCUCCUCCUCCUCCUCCUCCCCGUCUCCUGCCGCCGCCUCCCCCCAUGCCCAGCAGCCUCCCCCCCAGCCCCUGGGGCUCACUCUGCUGCCGCCCCCUCCCCCCCCGCCCCCUGCCCCCGCCCCCCAGCCCACCCCUCCCCCCUCGGCGGCGGCUGUGGCGCUGCCGGUGCCGGCCGCGGGGGCCGCGCUGGGGGCGGUGGCGGCGGCGGUGCCCUCGGGCGCCCCUAGCGGCGGCGGCGGCACCGCGGGAGCGGCACUGCAGGUCCUGCCUGCGGGCGGGGCCACGGCGCAGGCAGCGGCGGCAGGAGCGGCAGCCAUGGGCGCAGGCAGGGCCGGCGUGCCAGCCGUGCUGAAGGUGAGUGGCCCUGCCCCGGGCACGGGGCCCCCCCUGGUGACCGUGCGGUCGGCGGCGACCCCGGGCAAGGCCCCGGUGACAGUGGCAUCGCUGCCAGCCGGAGUGCGCAUGGUGGUGCCCAGCCAGGGCACGGCGGGCACGGUGAUUGGCAGCAGCCCCCAGAUGAGUGGCAUGGCUGCCCUGGCCGCGGCCGCCGCUGCCACCCAGAAGAUCCCUCCUGCCUCGGCGCCCACCGUGCUCAGCGUCCCUGCCGGUGCCACCCUGGUCAAGACCGUGGCAGUCACCCCCGGGGCCACCUCCCUGCCUGCCACCGUCAAGGUGGCAUCGUCCCCGGUCAUGGUGUCCACGCCCGCGGCUCGGAUGCUGAAGUCGGCGGCGGCGCAGGUGGGGGGCGGGGGGGGGGCCGGCGCCGGCCUGCAGCGCCCCCUCGCGGCCAAUCAUCACCGUGCACAAGUCCGGGGCCGUGACGGUGGCACAGCAGGCACAGGUGGUGACCACCGUGGUGGGGGGGGUCACCAAGACCAUCACCCUGGUCAAGAGCCCCCUCUCGGUGCCCGGCGGCAGCGCCCUGAUCUCCAACCUGGGCAAGGUCAUGUCUGUGGUGCAGACCAAACCUGUGCAGAGCUCUGCGGUCACAGGGCAGGGCGUCCUCGGGGCCUGUCACACAGAUCAUACAG